UAGAGCAGGCGGAAGGUUUAGUCAGCAGGUGGGCCUUACAUGGGCCUCAUGUCCUCUUUAUGGGCCUAUCUGUGGCUGAUAGGCCCAGAUCCAUUUAGGCCCAUAUAGGCAUGUGCGAGCGUUUCGGUCCAGAGGCCGACAAGGCGACGAGCUCGAUUCUCCUCGCACGGCGAGCGCCGCCUGCUCUGCUCUCGCCGGCGAUGGAAGAGGUAGGAGUGGAGGUGCCUCUCCCGAAGGAGAAGCUCUCCGUUGGACUGAGCAGGGACGGAGGAAACCGAGGUGGUGUCGUGCUCGUGGCCACCGGGAGCUUCAAUCCUCCCACCUACAUGCACCUGCGUAUGUUUGAGAUGGCAAAAGAUGAGCUGCAGCAGCGAGGGUAUGGUGUGUUGGGUGGCUACAUGUCUCCGGUGAAUGAUGCGUAUAGGAAGAGGGACCUCUUACCGGCUGCUCACCGAAUUCGCUUUUGUGAACUUGCGUGUGAAAGAUCGUCUUUUGUGAUGGUUGAUCCAUGGGAGGCAAUGCAGAAAGGUUAUCAACGCACUUUGACUGUUCUUUCGAGGAUUCAAAACUCUCUGUGCAAGGAUGGUUUUGGUGACAAAGGUAGCCUCAUGGUAAUGCUUUUAUGUGGUUCUGACCUGCUUGAAUCAUUCAGCACUCCAGGAGUUUGGAUUCCAGAUCAGGUCAGAGCCAUAUGCAAGGACUUUGGUGUCAUUUGUAUACGCAGAGAAGGAAAAGAUGUUGGAAAAUUGAUAGCCAACAGUGAAAUACUUCAAGAAUGCAGGGAAAACAUCAUUUCGGUUGAUGAGAUUGUGCCAAAUCAGAUCAGUACAUCCAGAGUAAGAGACUGCAUAAGAAGAUCUCUAUCUAUAAAGUAUCUUACAUGUGAUGAAGUCAUCGAGUACAUUAGAGAACACAAGCUGUUCAUGGAAGCUGAAGGCAGUGAUACAAGAUUGUGAUAAUAGUGGUGUUUGGAGAUUUUUACUUGUUAUGUAGUUAGAUGCCUUCUCUAUGAUCAACAUGUAUGGGCUAUGGAUGUCUACCUCGUGAUAGGAUCUGGAUGGUGCACUAUGAGCCACAAUUGUUUUACACGAAUGCCAUGAAAUAAAAUGGGCUGACUAAAUGUGACUUUGUGGAAAUUGCAUAGAGUUUAAACUUCUCAUUCUUUGUAUAUGGUUGGUUUGAACAAUGUUGUAGGAUCAUCCUUGUAUCAUUGUUAAUUUGGCAUUGAGCAGAAAAUAUUGCAGAAGCAACUGCUAUUUUAUGACACGAAGU